GCUGGACAGUGAUGACCUGACCCAGGAGAACCUUGGCUGUCUGCCUUCCAGUCCAGGAUUCUUUCUUCCUAGAAACCCUGGAGGAGAAGGGUCAACUUGGAGUGCUGCCCUAGUUUGGAAGAAGCUCAGACAAACAUGAUGAGCAGCAGCUGCUCGGGGCUGAGCAGGGUCCUGGUGGCUGUGGCUACAGCCCUGGUGUCUGCCUCCUCUCCCUGCCCCCAGGCCUGGGGCCCUCCAGGGGUCCAGUAUGGGCAGCCUGGCAGGGCCAUGACACUGUGUUGCCCUGGAGUGACUGCUGGGGCCCCGGUGUCCUGGUUUCGGGACGGGGAGACAAGACUGCUCCAGGGACCUGACUCUGGGCUAGGGCACGAACUGGUCCUGGCCCAGGCAGAAAGCAUCGACGAGGGCACUUAUAUCUGCCGGACCCUGGAUGGUGCACUUGGGGGCAUGGUGACCCUGAAGCUGGGCUACCCCCCAGCCCGCCCUAUUGUCUCCUGCCGAGCAGCUGACUAUGAGAACUUCUCCUGCACCUGGAGUCCCAGCCAGGUUAGCGGUUUACCCACCCGCUACCUCACCUCCUACAGGAAGAAGACGGUGCCAGGAGCUGAUGGCCAAAGGAUGAGUCCAUCCACAGGGCCCUGGCCAUGCCCACAGGACCCUCCAGGGGCUGCCCGCUGUGUAGUCCAUGGGGCAGAGUUCUGGAGCCAGUACCGGAUCAAUGUGACUGAAGUGAACCCCCUGGGGGCCAGCACACGCCUGCUGGAUGUGAGCUUGCAGAGCAUCUUGCGCCCUGACCCACCCCAGGGGCUGCAGGUAGAGUCGGUACCUGGCUAUCCUCGCCGUCUGCGUGCCAGCUGGAUGUACCCUGCCUCCUGGCCCCGCCAGCCCCACUUCCUGCUCAAGUUCCGGCUGCAGUACCGUCCAGCACAGCAUCCAGCCUGGUCCACGGUGCCGACGAACCAUGUGCACUGCCAGGUGGAACCGGCUGGAUUGGAGGAGGUGAUCACGGACGCCGUGGCAGGACUGCCCCAUGCCGUGCGGGUCAGUGCCCGGGACUUUCUGGACGCAGGCACCUGGAGUGCCUGGAGCCCCGAGGCCUGGGGGACUCCGAGCACCGGGCCCAUACGGAAGGAGAUACCAGCUGGGGGCCAGCAGCACGUGCAGCCAGAGCAAGAACCUCAGGCAGACAGCCCUGCUCCUCCAAGGCCGUCCCUCCUACCAGAUCCGAGGCCACUUGACCACAGAGACCCCCUGGAGCAGGUGGCUGUGCUGGCGUCUUUGGGCAUCUUCUCUUUCUUGGGACUGGUGGCUGGGGCCUUAGCAUUGGGGCUCUGGCUGAGGUUGAGACCAGAUGAGAAGGAUGGACCCCAGAAGUCUGGGUUCUUGGCCCCGAUGAUUCCAGUGGACAAGCUUCCAGGAGUUCCAAACCUGUAGAGGACCUUGGAGGACUUCAGCUGAUUCCACCUAUAACUCUGUCUUGCUGUUGUGGAUGGAUGGACAAAUGGAAUCCAGGCAGGACAGCAGAUCCCCAUGGAGGCGGGUUCUCAGCUGGAAAUUAAGUUUGGAACUCAUUUCUGUGAGACUCUGUGUUCCCAACUUGCCAGCUGAAAGGUGCCUGGACCUCUGACUUCAUCCAAGAGCUGGAGGUCCAUCUGCAGAAUGAGUGUAGAUGUGUAUGUCUGUGUCCAUGUGUGUCCAAGUGUAUGUGAGGCAGGGAAUAUGUGCUCUCUGCAUGUAUGUAAAUAGGUACCUGGGGAGUAUGUGUGGGUUCUUGGCUCUUGGCCUUGCCCCUGGUGGGGGUUGUGAGGGUGUAAAUAAAGAGAAUGAGGAGGUUCUUCUGUU